CGGGUGACGCCACACACUACAACCUCACAGCAGACACUGUCUGGGUAUAAAAGGGGUGUCGUCGCGGGACCGCCAAAAACAGACAAACUUUGACUGCUGGCGGAGAUCUAUGAGGCGCAUUACCACAGCACAGGUGCACACAUCGACCACUGAGGAUUCUCUUGCCUCAAGCAUGCCUGUUUUAGUGUCAGCGCCAGCAGGGGAACGACAGCAGGUCAACGUGGCCAUGGAGGAUGAACGCAGGACACAGAGAAAGAGAUGCAACUUGAGGUUCAGACUGCAGAGGGCUUCACAUCAGUCCUCCAACACUGAACGGUUCAUCCCUGGAGAGACAAUGCUCUGGUCCCAGUCUUUGGAGAGACUGCUCUCGUCAAAAUAUGGCAUGGCGACAUUUCAAGCCUUCCUGAAAUCAGAGUUCAGCGAUGAGAACAUUGAAUUCUGGCUGAUCUGUGAAGACUAUAAGAAGAUCAAGUCCUCCUUCAGGCUGUGCUCCAGAGCCAAGAAGAUCUACAAGACAUACAUUGAAGCCCAGGCUCCAAAAGAAAUUAACAUUGACCACAAGACCAGAGAACUCAUCAGGCGAAACAUGAAGACGCCCAACGCAGUUUGUUUCGACGAGGCCCAGAAGAUAGUGUAUAGCUUAAUGGAGAAAGACUCCUACCCACGGUUCCUCAGAUCCAACAUCUACAGGACUUUACUGGACACUGCCUCCUCUGUUCCUCAUCACUUCAGCAGUUAAGAUGUGACUGAAUUAACAGUGAUAGAAACUGGACUAAAGGCUUUUAACAAAAUGGACCACAAAAUGGUAGACAGCCAGGCAAAAAAAAACAACCUACAUUUUUGGGAUGAGAAGUCGCGAUCCAAAUGUGAAUUCUACUGCUUGCAAAGAGGCCUGAAGGAAUAGCAGGAAAGAACAAUCCGAGGGGAAUAUGUUGCCAUUCCUUGUUGAAAUUUGUGUCCAGUCUGUAGACUUCUAUUUGAAGAAAAUAGAGUACAACACAUACAAGAGCACCUUACAAAUCAUUGAAAGAGAAAGCAGAUUCGACUUCUUAUGAGGUUUCAGGGAAUUACCUUAAAGAGUGUGUGAUUUUUGGGGACUUUCUGUGUCAUAGUUCUGGGGAUGUUUUUUAAAGGAGCACGUAAAUAGUAACUGUAUGAGCAGGUUUCUGCAGUUGCACAUUAAAUUGGUGUUUUAACGCCACUAGGUAGAUUUACAGGAAGCUUUUUGUUCACUGUAAUGCAACACCAUAAGGCAAGUAAGCUUAAAUUAUAUUGGGAACAACUAAAUAAAUAAAAAGUUGUUGCACUGUU